UGGGCAGCGUCGAUUGACGUCAUCGAUAGGCGGCCAAGAUGGUUGUCAAUGUUGAUAAGUGGUUUGGUUAUACGGCGGAGCGGCGACGAUAAACGACCGGACGGGGGUAUCAAGCGUGGUCGGCGUUAUGCCCGUCAAGUGAGAGCGAGAGCCCGUAUUGAUGAGAAUUCGCGCGUUGGGUUGGCCGUCGCGCGAGGAAUGGCAGCCUAUGGGGACGUGGAGAGCGUACGACGUACCCUGGACGUCGCGCAAACUAUGAUUAACUUCACCGCCGAUCAGCUCGACGAUUUGCGGACCCAAUGCUCCGUUACCGCGGAGCUGACCCAGCAGGAGAUAAGGAUGCUGGAGGGGAAAUUAAUAAAGUUAUACUGCAAACAACUUGUGGCAAAGGCCAGAUUGGCCAACCCGUUGCCGUCAGACAUAAUAGAAUAUCCAUCGUUACAACAAUGGUUGCGGGUAGUCGGUCUCACUCAGGAAUCAAUUCAGAUGGUUUGUUUCAAAGUUAAUACUCUUGAAGACCUGAGAGAGAAGUCUGAACAUGAAUUAAACAGUAUGUUAAAUAAAAAUUGUAUAUACUACAAGGAAGAAUGUCGUAGGCUUCGUAAAGCACUGAGUAAUUUAUGGCGAUACAUGGAUAUUCUAAUAAAAGGAGAUACGGAGAAUGAUUCAGAUUUAUACUGGGAUUCUUGGGACAGUUACCAUUUACGCAAGGAAAUUUGUUCUAAGCCAAUUCUAUCUCGUCAACGGUGUUCUAUUCCAUCAGAGAGUAGCAUUCCAUAUCAUAAUAACAACAAUGAUGUAUUACCAGCAGCUUCUGCAUCUUUGAUACUAAGUAGUCCUCCUUGUAUCUCUUCAUUACUAAAGCAAGAAC